AUGACGCUCUCGGCAUUGCAGCUCCCUCUCACCAACCUGGUGAAACAGUAUGCAGCCUUGUUGGCCAAGCUUGCACGUUCAGAUGUCCCUGGCCAGUGGCCGGAGUUCCUGCCAACUCUCAUCAACCAUCUUGAGCAGCCGGACGAUCGCGUGCGCAUGCGUGCCAUGCUCUUCCUCUAUCACGCCGUCAAGAAGAUUGUGACCCGGCGCCUGGCGGGCCAACGCCGCGCUUUUCAAGAGACUGCUGUGGAGGUGCUACCGAUAGUGCACGGCGUGUUCACAACGCUGUUCACUCAAGUGCAAGAGACGUUCGCAGCGGAUGGCAACGAGGACGUCCUGGCACACACGCGCGCGAAGUUGGAGGAGGCCCGAACAGCCCUCAAGUGUCUGCGCCAACUCAUCGCACACGGCCUGCUGGACAUGACGCUGAGUGCAUCGGCAGGCGCCACCGUCGAAUCCCUCCCAGAUGUUGCCCGCAUUCUCAUCGCAAUGGCGUCAGCGGACGUGGUGGCAGAGUCUCCCCUGUUCGAUUCCAUUCGCAAAUUCACGCGUCUCAUCUACAAGACUCUGCAUGAUGUGCAGCAGAAUCACUCGGUCGCGUUUGCGCCGCACCUGAGCUCAUCUGUCGGCUUCUAUUACCAAAUCUUCCACCCACAACCAAACUCAGACCUCCUGCAAGCGCCAUCCGAGCUUCAGCGUGAUCUCCGCAUCCACGCGGCGCAAUUCCUCUCGCGUGUGCUGAAGAACAGGCGCUAUCGAGCCGAUCUGGAGCCAUCGACAUCGUCGCCAUCACUAUCCCAUGAGGAGGUUGCGGCGCGUGCUGCUGGCGGCGCUGUCUUGACGCCUGAUGUCAUUGCUGCUCUCAUCCACUCCAUCCUCACGCACGACCUGAACACACGCGAUCUGCUUGAGGAGGAUGUGAGCGGGGAACUGAUGAGCGAGGAGAUGCAUCCGUCCACGACACCGGAGGCUGCUGGGGUGCACCUGUUCUUGACCAUUGCAGAGACGCGACCAUCGCUCGUGUGUUCCGUGAUUGCACCACUUCUCUCUCCGCAGAGCAUUCACACCGCCGACACACACACGCGACCCGCCGUGCUGGGCGCACUCAAGCUGGGCGCAUAUGCGUUACGCGACGCCGUGGACAUCAACGCACUGCUUCCAACGCUCCUACAACUCUUCCACGAGCACACGCACAACCGCGUUGCUGUUCGUCGCCGUGUCCUGCAGGUGUUUGCGUCCUGGCUCCCCGUCACGCUUUCCGACGAGAGCAAACUCGAACUCUACAGGUUGCUGGUGCCUGCUCUCUCGGCGCAAUUCUGCCCCUCUGUCCAGAUGGAAGCGGUGUCCACCCUCACCGCAGCCGUCAACGACCCCGACUUCUCACACAUCGGCUUCAAACCCUUUGCUGAAGAUCUGUUUGUUGGCGUGUGCACGUUUUUGUCUGAGGUUGAGGACUGGGACGCCCGUGUGCAGAUUAUGGAUGCUCUCAUCAACAUGAUCAAGAACGUCGAGAAGGAGGCCGUGCGGUUCAAGAGUGCACUGGUGACAUACAUCCCGCACCUGUGGACAGAGGCGGAGGCUGCGGCCAACAACACCAUGAUCAUGCGUGUUGUUGAGCUCGUCACGACGCUGCUGACGGCGACUGAAUCGAGUGAUGGCCUGGAUGAGAUUGCGCUGCCCGUCAUCACCACAGGCGUCGAUGUCUCGCGAAAGGAGAGCGAAUAUCUCCUCGAUCACGCCCUCGAGCUCUGGGAGGCGUAUCUUGUGCACAUGCGCGUGUGCACUGACGAGUUGGCAGCUGCAUUUUCGCUCCUCCCUCCCCUCCUUGAUCUUGGUGAUGAGAAUCUCGGCACGUGCAUGCGCAUUCUGCAAUCGUACAUUUUGCUCGCACACCAACAGCUUCUGCAGCCAGAGAGCGUUCAUCUCGUUGUCAGUGCCUGCAUGCAAUUGUCAUCCUCUGUUCCUCGUCAGGCCUUUCGCUCCUUCAUCGACAUCGUGGACAUGUGCAUUCUUUUGGCACCGGGGGAGAGCGUAGAUGCGUUUGCACCCGUCAUCCAGGCCGGGCUCGACGGCUUUGCGGAGCACGAGAAGCAUUCGUGGUUCAUCACGGGCUACCUUGCCCUCGCGUGUCGCUGCAUGGUGUCUGCUCCGUCACCGCUAACGAAUGCACUCCCAAGCGGCGGUGAACGCGAUGCUCUGGCACACAUCUGGUCCCUCAUCGCAGACAAGUAUGAUGCAAUCACCGUGCCGAAAUGGCGGAAAUUGGUUGCGCUGGCUGCUCUCGCCUGCUUGACAAACGACACUUGGAGCGAGAUCAUGUUGGCAGAUGCGUCUGCGAUCCUCAAUGUCGUCAUCGCCGCCGUCUACGAAUUCCACACGGGGCGCACCGGUGCGCGGCAGGCAGAGGACUACUUGGUGAUGGCAGACGCAGAAGAUGUGACGUGGAGGGAAAAUCCAAACGCAAUUCCAGAAUCCAUCAGAAAGAAGGAGGUGCAAGUGCUUGACCCGGUGUUUCGUGUGCACCUUCAGCCACACUUUGCGGAGACACUGCAGCACGUCAUAUCUGUGCGUGGAACAGCUGUGCUCGACAGUUUGGACGCAGGACUGCAGACACAAGUGCGCGAGCUCAUGGGGUUGUAACACGUGUUCCUUGUGAGGGGUUGUCUUCUCUCGCCGUGUGUAUUGAACGAACCAAGUGUUAUGUUACAGCAAACACCUUUCAUGACAAGGGAAAGCAGUGGUGGAUAAACGGGGUGCGGCAGCAGGGAGGGGAACGUGCUGUGUACAAUCAAGACCCAAAGCGGCGACAAGCAAGCAGGCGCAAAUAUAAAAAAAAAACCGA